AUGGGAAAGAUGAAAACCUUAGAUUAUUUUUUCAAAAGAAAGGUAGAUGAUAAAGAAACUAAUCAUGAAAGUGAAGAGAGUAAACAUCAUAAAGCUUCAACAAGUGAGCCACAACCGCAAAAAACGGAAAAUCAACAAGAGAUUGAGCCACAACCGCAAGGAAAGGAAAAUCUACAAGAGAACGAGCCACAACCACAAGAAAAAGAAAAUCCUAAUGAACUUGAUUUGAAGAAUCUAGAAAGAGAUCCCGCUAAACGCAAGCAAAUGUGGGAUUAUCCGGUCAAUUUAAGGGAGCAAGUGAGACGAGCUUAUAUGAAUUUAGGACCUUUCCAAAUACGUCUUAAGGAGUAUCAAGCUAAAGUUUCAAUUGACACGGUUCAUUGGUUGACCUUCCAAGCUUGUGCUUUACGAGGACAUGAUGAAAGUCCUAAUUCCAAAAAUUGUGGUAGUUUUCUCCAACUACUAAAACUUCUAGCAUCUUAUAAUGAUGAAGUUGCAAACAUUAUAUUAGAGAAAGCUCCUUAUAAUUCAAAGUAUACUUCUGGGGAAAUUCAAAAAGAAAUUCUUAGUAUUAUUGCCAUUAAAGUUCGAAAGCAUAUUCGUAGUGAAGUGGGGGAUUCAUACUUUUGUGUCAUGGUUGAUGAGUCACGGGAUGGGUCUAAAAAAGAGCAAAUGGCAAUAGUUUUGAGAUUUGUUGAUGCAGAAGGAAUCAUACGAGAAAGGUUCUUGGAUUUGGUUCAUGUUAGGGAUACCUUAUCAUUAACCUUGAAAACAAAUAUGUGGAGACAACUUUUACACUAUCAAUUUGAUGUUAGUAAAAUCCGUGGCCAAGGUUAUGAUGGUGCUAGUAAUAUGAGAGGGGAAUGGAAUGGAUUACAAGCACUUGUUCUUAAGGAUUGCCCUUAUGCAUAUUAUGUUCAUUGCUUUGCUCACAGAUUGCAACUAGCCUUGGUGGCUGCUUCAAGGGAAAUUAUUCCGGUACACCAAUUUUUUACAAACUUAAUUUUUACAAUUAACGUAGUUUGUGCUUCCAGUAAGCGUCAUGAUGACUUACAAAAGGCAAAGGCAACUGAGAUUGAACAAUUAUUGGAACUAGGUGAAAUCGAAUCAGGGAAAGGAUUGAAUCAAGUGGGGACAUUCAGAAGAGCUGGUGAUACACGUUGGGGUUCUCAUUUUCGUUCUCGCGGAGAUCCUGAUGCAGCUUACUGUUAUCUGAAAUCAUUUGAGUUUGUGUUUAUUCUUCACCUGAUAAAGGAAGUAAUGGGAAAGACUGAUAUACUUUCUCAAGCUCUACAAAAGAAAUCCCAAGAUAUUCUUAAUGCUAUGGAGUUAGUUUCAGCAACAAAGGAGGGUCUAAAUGAUUUCAGAAACAAAGGAUGGGAUUCUUUACUUGCACAAGUAAAGUUUUUUUCCACAUUGAACAAACAGCUACAUGAGUUGAAUAGUAGAUUCAAUGAUCAGGCAGUGGAGUUGUUAAGUCUUAGUUCUACUUUAGUUUCUAAAGAGAUUAACGUUGAUCAAAUUUGUCUUCUUGUUGAGAAGUAUUAUCCUGAAGAUUUUACGGAGCAAGAGAGGAUUCAAUUACGAUAUCAAUUGGAGAUUUUUAAUAUUGAUAUGACAAAGAAUCCAAGGCUAAGUGGUGUAUCAACUAUUGCCGACCUUUGCAAGCGUCUUGUGGAAACUCAGAAACGUGAGACAUAUUAUUUGCUUGAUAGAGUGGUUAGGUUAAUCUUGACACUUCCAGUUUCUACCGUAACAACAGAGAGGGGAUUUUCAGCAAUGAAAAUAUUCAAGAACCGUCUUCGCAAUAAGAUGUCGGAUGAUUUUCUUGCAAACAACUUGGUGAUUUACAUAGAAAGAGAAAUUGUUGAAAACAUUGAUUUGAACUCUGUAAUUGAUGAAUUUACAGACAUUAAAGGUCGUCGGGCUGAGUUGUAA